CAGUGGUUUCAGUGACGAGCCAGUUUGGCAGCAGCACGGUAGUGUAGUGUCGAGUACGCGCUCGGUUUGGUCAUAAUAAACGAUAUAUAGUGCAUCGCAGUGGACGACACGGUUGCCAUGCGUGGAAAGAUAAACACCGGGUCAAUUUUGCUACUUUCUUAACGAUGAAUGAAAGUAUAAACGAGUGAAAAUGUGACACUAAGGUGACAACAAGCUACGUGAAUUACUGCGAAGCUCCGAGGCGGGUAGCGAUGUUUGUUUUCCAUUGUCGCGGGGAUUAAUCUGCAUAAACACGACUCCCUGAGCCAUACGGACAAAAUGGAGAGGGUAGAGGAUGACAUCUCGGAGAUACCUCAGCACUCCGUGAUGCCGAAUGAAAACGGCGUGGUGACCGUGAUCAACCACAGCAAGAUGAAGCCUCCGUUCAGCGUGGUGUUAGCCACCGUCCUGUACUGUGCCGAGUUCAUCUGCGCCUCGGUGCUGUCCAGCAUGUACCACAAGAGCGAAGAUGUCAUAUGGAUGGGACUGACCAUUACUUUUAUUUUGGUGCCUUCGGUGCUCACACAACUCACAUUGACUUUCGUUCAUCGGGAUUUAGGAAGAGACCGACCACUUGUGCUCUUCAUGCAUCUGCUUCAGAUGGGGCCAAUUAUCAGGUGUCUAGAAGCUUUAGUAGUCUAUGUUAAGGCGGGCAGAAUGGAGGAGCCUUACGUCACUAUCACACGGAAAAUGAAGUUAAAGAACGGUAAAGCUGUUGGCUCCCCAAUGGAAUGGGAGAUCGGACAAUCUGAGCGCAUGCUGGCUGUCCACCGCAAUGCCUUCAAACGUACAGCCGUCAUUCAGGCUUUCCUCGGUUCCACACCUCAGCUCACGCUCCAGCUGUAUGCUGCCAUUCAAGAGAAGUACAUCCUUCCAGCUAGACUGGCCUUGAUGAUCAUCUCUCUGAUAUCGAUCACGUACGGAGCGCUGGUGUGUAGCGUGCUGGCCAUCCAGAUCCGCUACGACGACUACAAAGUGAACGUGAAGGUCAGCGCAUACUUGUGCAUGGUCCUGUGGCGCGGAUUAGAGAUCGCCGUCCGCGUCACCUCGCUGGUGCUCUUCAGCACCGCCCUGACUUUCUGGGUGAUCCCGGUGGGACUGGCCAACCUGCUGAUCUUCUUCUUUCAGCCGUGGGUGGAGUUCUGGUGCCGGAGGGCCUCGAUGCCCGAGAGCGUAGAGAAGAACCUGAGCAAGCUGGGUACGUGCGUGGUGCUGAGUCUGGUCACGCUCCUGUACGCCUGCAUCAACGUCUUCUGCUUCUCGGCCGUGCAGCUGAACCUGGCCGAGCACGAGCUGAUCGAGAAGCACCCGCGCUGGAGCCGCCUGGCGGUGUACUACACACUGCGCUUCGUGGAGAACCUGGCCCUGAUCGUCGCGUGGUACUUCUUCAAGUCCGAUUUUUACGAGUACGUGUGCGCGCCGCUGCUGGCCGUGCAGCUGAUGGUGUGCUACGGGCUUGCCGUGCUGUUCAUGCUGCUGUUCUACCAGUUCUGCCAUCCGGCACGCAGGCUGUUCGAGCACAACGUUGAGGACUGUCUGCGCUGUGCAUGCUGCUGGAAGAAGGAACGUCCUGCUGAUGAUCGUACACUGGUUCCUCAGGUCCUGCCAACCCCAGACCUCCAGCGGGCAGCUAAAGAAACUGAUAUUUUGGAGGACUUGGAGGAAGUUUGAUUGGUUUCUUUGGUGAAGUGAAAUCACUGGAACUGGCGUAUUUGCACUAUUUCAUACUCAGGAGUUUCACACGAGCCUCGAUAAAGACAAGGAAGUGCUGCCGCUAAGUCUGGAGAUGAAUUCUUGUGAUUUUAUGAUUUUUCACAGCAUGACAUUUUUUUUAUUACCUUAAAAUGGAAAAAAUAAAUGAACAAACAGCUUCAGUACUGUAAUUUUAGACUUUCUAUUGAAUAAAGGUCAGUAAGAGGUUUUUGUUUUGGGCUGUUAGCUGUGACGUACCAAAGAAUGUCACAAAAUAUGAGAUGCCUCACAAAGCCGACCUUCAGAUAAGGCGGAAAACCAGACUCCCUGCCCAGGUGUCUUGGAGAUGGGCCAAGUGUCUGACUCAAAAAAAAAAACAGCUAUUCAGGUCAUUCCCUUCUUCACGGAAGAGAGAAACCAAACGUUUCUUUCCCUCAAGUGCACUUUGAGUCUUGUGUAGUACUGAGAUAAGUGAAAUAAGUUCCUCCUAAGAUACGUGUAUGACAAAGGCAAACACUAAAGCUGAUUUAUUAGCAUUUCCUGCUAAUAGAAAACCAUGGGUUGAUAUUUAAGGCACAGUUUAAAGAGCCAAAUAAUAAGAAUGUCUUAUCGUUGUGUGUGUCCAUUUGCUUGAUUUGUGCCUGAAUUUGUGCCUCUAACAUGCUGAUUUAAACUUGAACAUAAUAUUAAUAAAAUGGUUUGAAUGUCUAAUA